UCCCUGCAGACACACUGUCCGUGCCGCGCUGGUCCCCGCAGAUCCCUCGCAGAGACCUCGGCAACUCCAUCAAGCACAGGUUUUCCACCAAGUACUGGAUGUCUCAGACGUGCACCGUCUGUGGGAAAGGAAUGCUUUUUGGCCUCAAGUGUAAAAAUUGCAAAUUAAAGUGCCACAACAAAUGCACCAAAGAAGCCCCUCCCUGUCAUCUCCUGAUCAUCCACCGAGGAGCAAGGUUAGUCCGAACAGAGUCCGUCCCGUGUGACAUCAACAACCCUCUACGAAAGCCACCCCGGUAUUCGGACCUGCACAUCAGCCAGACGCUGCCCAAAACCAACAAAAUCAGCAAG